AGUCGCGCUAGUGGGGAAGACAAAAAAACCCAAAAAAAAAAAAAACCGUCCACCAUUGUCAUUAACCAGCUGCCUCCGACUGCAGCUACAAUUUUCGUUCUCAUGCAAAAGAGAGUUUGAACAGCAAUAAGAGAGAAAGCAUAAGAGUGGACAUCUCUGUUACAGAGAGGCCAGUCAGAAGAGCCUGAACUAAAUCAGCACAAAAUCAGACAGAACCAUGGUGGAAUACUACCAGAUAUUGGGAGUCCAAAAAAAUUCAACGCAGGAGGACAUCAAAAAAGCUUACAGAAAAUUGGCAUUGAAAUGGCAUCCAGAUAAGAACCCUGACAACAAGGAAGAAGCAGAGAGGCGGUUCAAAGAGCUGUCAGAGGCUUAUGAAGUCCUGUCCGAUGAAAACAAAAGGAGUCUUUAUGACAGGUAUGGAAAAGAUGGCCUCUCUGGAGCAGGAAACCAUUACAAUAACUUCAGCCAUCCCGGCUUCACAUUCCGUAAUCCAGACGACGUUUUCAGGGAAUUCUUCGGUGGAAGAGAUCCGUUUGCAAGUUUCUUUGUUGAUGAUCCCUUUGAUGAUUUCUUUGGAGGCAGUCGUCAAAGAAGCGCCCACAGGAGCCGAAUGGGAGGCUCGCUCUUUGGUUUUGGUGGCUUUCCGGCUUUUGGGCCUGGCUUCUCAGGGUUUGAAUCAGGUUUUAGCUCCUUUGGGGACAUGGGCGGAGGAGGAUUUACUUCCUUUUCUUCCUCUUCGUUUGGAGGCAUCGGAGGAGGAGGAGGAGGAGGAGGAGGAGGGGGAGGAGGAGGAGGAGGGAUGGGCAACUUCAGAUCUGUUUCGACCUCCACCAAGAUUGUCAAUGGCAGGAAAAUCACCACAAAACGGAUUGUGGAGAACGGCCAGGAGCGGGUAGAAGUGGUAGAGGAUGGUCAAUUAAAAUCUCUUACAGUUAAUGACAUCGCUUCCCAAGACCCCUUUGAGGAGGAGUUUCGCAGCCGCAGACAGAACACGCUCCCCGGUUUGGGCCUGCACCAGCGCUACCUGAGGAACUCCGCCCAGAACCCCUCUGAGGAAGAGGAGGAGCACGGCCCGCAGAGCCUGGGACUAACGAGAGGACACGUGGACACCAAGAGGAAGAAACUGUGGCUGAAGGAGGCAGAAUCCAAAAAGAAACGAGCUCCUCGACUCUUCCCUCGUUUCAGUGGAUUUGGUACCUUUUUUUGAACAAUUCACAGUUAUAUUCGGCAGAUGUUUCUCAUAUGAAUGUGGCAUUAGUUUGUUCUGGUUCAGAUUCAAAGGCUUGAUAGUUCCAAUGCUGCAUCAUAGCUCCUUUCUUCAAUUUGCUGCAACAGAAAGCAUAACGUCCUUCCCCCUUUUAUUAACCAAAAACAUCUCUCUGAUCUUAAGCUUGAGAUUUAGAUUUGUACAAGAUUCAUUGUAGUUUAUCGGUUAGCAGUGGUUGUUCCAUGAAUGGAGCUUGAGGCGAGCCCCAGACAAAAAUUGCAGGGCAGUCCCGCAAAAAACGUAUAAAAGUCGCACAUUUCUCAGCAGCAAGCAGGGGACACCAACUCUCCGCUGAAUGCAUAAAAGCAAUAGAAAACUUGUUGAAGGUGCAACUGACAGAUAGUUUGUUUUAACUGAUGCUUGUGUGCUUCCCUUUUCAAUGGUGCCCUGGGCAAUUGUCCUAUUGGCCGAUAUCAGUGUUUAUGGAAUAAGCCUUGAAGAUGUACAGCUAACACUUAAAAUCAAAACAAAUCUCUUCUUGGUGAGGUUUCUUGGUUUCUGCUUUUUGCUUUGUAUGAAUUUAAAAAGGUUCAGGUAGAGGAAGAGUCAUAGGAGCAACUUUGUUUGAAAUUAGCAGAAAGUUUCUGACACUGCACAGCAUGUGAGAGUCAGUGAAGGUCAAACCAUUUAAUGGAUUCAUCUUUAAUAAGAGACAAAGACGAAGACAGAAGACUGGGAAAUGUGAGUGGUUACAAAGGCUCAAAGCUUUGGCGAGUAUUAGAAAAUGAUUAUCAUGUUGAGCUCAGUCCUGUAUGAACUCUGAAUUACGUUUUUCCACAGCAUGAAAGGACACUUUUACCACUUUUAAAUACUGCUUUAGGGGAUAAUUGUGUUUGUGAAAUUAUUGUAUUUGUAAAACUUUUCUCAUGAAAGGUUUCCUUAUUUGAUAAAUCCUGACAAAUGCAAGAUAAAUGUUCAUUUUUAUGGACUCUCGGAAUAAAUGCUCAAAUAAAACAUUAA